AUGGCGCCCGCUAAGGCCAAGGGUCAGAAGAUGAAUCUGACCGAGUUCUUGGGAGUCGACAAGCCAUCCGGUGACUUCAGCUGGGCUGAUGAGUCUGAGGAGGCUGGCAUGGAGCAGCCCAACGUGCCCGCCGAGCGAAGAAACGACCGCCCGACCUAUGGUGGAUUUGGCAGUGGCGGUUUUGAUCGUGACUCCCGUGGAGGAUUCGAAAGCCGUGGAUACGAAACUCGUGGCGGAUAUGCCGUUCGUGAGCCUCUCGACCUUCCCACCGAGCCGCCGUUCACCGCACACAUUGGAAACCUGUCCUUCGAAGCUACCGCCGCCGACGUUACCGAGCUUUUCGCCGAAUGUGGCGUCACCAAUGUCCGCAUUGUUGAGGAUCGAAACCUCAACCAGCCCAAGGGUUUCGGCUACAUUGAGUUCGAGACCGUCGCUGGAUUGCAGAAGGCUCUUGAUCUGUCUGGUACUAACUUGAUGGGCCGUACCAUCCGCACCAGCGUUGCCGAGCCUCCCAAGGAAACCCGCGCCGAUCCCCGUGAGAUGGACUGGACCCGCCGUGGUCCCCUCCCCCCUGCCCCGUCAGAGCGCCGUGUGCCCGAUCGUUCCAACUUUGGUCGCAAUAUGGAUGCCGCAUCUGACGCCGGUAGCGAGCGAGGUGGUCGCCGCAGCAACUUCGAAUCUGAUGGUAAAUUCCGUGACUUUGGCAACUGGGAGCGCAAGGGUCCUCUGUCCCCGCCAGCCGGCGCUGGCUUCCGCGAGGGUGGUUUCCGUGACGGUGGCCGUCCCCGCAACACCGAGGGUGGUGCGCCCGCCUGGGGCGAAGGCCGCUCUCAAGAUGGCUCUCGGCCUCCCCGCCCUGAUCGUCCCGAGCGGACUCCCACCGCCGCCGAGAUGGAUAAUCAAUGGCGCACCAAGAUGCGUCCUGACGCUGCCCCUAAGGAGCCCACCUCUCCCGCUGCUCCCGCCGCCCGUCCCAAGUUGAACCUUCAGAAGCGCACAGUGCCCGACGCCGCUCCUGCUUCCGCCGCUGACGCCGGCGACUCCAAGGCCAGUCCCUUCGGUGCUGCUCGGCCCAUUGACACCGCUGCCCGCGAGCGUGAGGUUGAAGAGCGCCGUCAGCUUGCCCUUCGCCAGAAGAAGGAGAGUGAGGACAAAGCUAAGGCCGAAAAGGCCGAAAAGCAAGCAAAGGCGCCCAAGGCUGGCACAGACUCCAACAAGGACUCGAUCGAGCCUCCCAAGGGUGGCGGUAACUUUGAGAUCCUCCAACGGGCCAACGAGGACGAGUCUAACAUGACUGCCGACAAGCCAGCUGAUGAGACGGCAGCCCCUGCCGCAACCUCCGAGGAGACCCCUAAGGAGUCUGCCGCCAAUGGUAACUGGCGAGGAGCCGAGGCCCCUGCUGCUGCUACCGCUGAUGAUAAUGAUGGAUGGAGUACUGUCGAUACGACCAAGAAGCGUGGCCGUCGCGGUGGCCGUUUCUAA